UUCGCAACUGAAGGGAUUUAUGUGAAGCAAAUGAAUUGUGUAGAUUUCAAAAUGCAUCAUCGAAAUUCACACCUAGAUUUUUCUUUUUAAAGAAUUUAGUUGCCUCUUAUCGUGAUAUUUCACGGAUGUAUUGUGACAGCACUGGCAGAGCGAGAAUCCGGAAAACAUGCUAGCUGGAUGUUCAAGCCAAUAGUUUAUGAUUUUCUUUAGAGUGAUUACAGAUUCAUUCAAAGAAAGUAUAUUGUGGAUACUGAUAGAAACAAAUGAGAUCCGACGCCUUCCAAACGGCUAAGAUCUAUCGCCAUCUUCUCAAGGCGGUCAAGAAACAUAUCGGGAAUGCGGAGAACAAGAGUCAGUUUUUAAAUUUUGUAAUCUCAGAGUUCCGUAACAACAAAUAUUUGUCUGAUGGUGUGGCUAUCGAACAGAAAAUAAAACUUGCUCGGGAUUAUACUUUUCUUCUUAACAGUGUACACCAUCAGAAGGAUUUACUUUUUUCAUACAAUAUUGCCGUGGAUAGAUCAGAUGAAGUGAAAAGGACUCUUGGAAAAUCUGCUUCAAGUGUUGGUCUUCAGCUUCCUGAGGUUUAUCAGCCAUAAUAAUUUGUAGUAUGAUUUUUGCAUGCAUGGAACAUGACAGUGUACUGCUGCAGAGAAGGGAAACUAGUGAAGGUUGCUUUAGUUUUCCUUCAUUAUUAAUUACCAACCCAGUGGAUUUUAGUUUAGCGACUUUUUUUUCUGAAUGAAAAUUUGUUUUCGUACUUUUUAUCCAGAACCCAAAAACUAGUGAAGAAAAAGAGGAAAGAGACUCAAGUCUGAUGAAUAAAUUAUAUGAUUCACACAUGGGUUGUUUCUUUUUAUAACGAACUCUAUAGUCUGAGUGUGAUAAAUAUUUCCCUUUAAUAAACAAUUUCUUCCUGGUUUCUUAA